AUGAUAUGGAUGAAUAUACUUGUUUUCUCAGACCCCAAGGGAGGAGGAGGAGGAGGAACAAAGGUAGGGGUGAAGUCGGAGAGUGGUGGUGGAAUGAUGGAAAACAUUGCAGAAGCGAAGAAGGUGGUGCAUGUUGGAGUAAUCCUUGAUGUGAAUUCACCAGUUGGAUCGGUGGUAAAUGCAUGUCUUUCCAUGGCAAUCUCAGAUUUCUAUGGUGCUCAUCCUAACUUCAGAACCAGAUUGUCUCCACACCAUAGGAACUCCGAUGAUGCUCUUGCUGCUGCUUUUACAGCUCUAGAGUUGAUUGAUAAGGAAGAAGUUGACGCCAUCAUCGGGCCCCAAACGUCAAAGCAAGCUAGAUUUGUGAUAGAUGUCGGCCGAAAGGCCCAAGUUCCAGUUAUUUCGUACUCAGCUACAAGUCCCUCGCUCUCUACAACCCAAAAUCCUUUCUUUGUUCGAGUAGCCCUAGAUGAUAGCACACAAGCGAAAGUCAUCACUGCCAUCGUUCAGGCAUUUGAAUGGCACGAAGUUAUCCUCAUCUACGAAGACACUGAAUAUGGAAGUGAUUUAAUCCCUUACUUGGCAUAUGAAUUUCAACAGGUUGACAUACGACUGAGUUCAAGGUUUUCCUUCUCCCCAAACGAUAGUAAAUUGAGGAUCUUAAAAAAGCUCAACAAGGUAAUGGCGAUGCAGACAAGAGUGAUUGUAGUGCACACGAGUUCUUCCUUUGGGUCUAAACUCUUUUUUCUUGCAAAAGAUGUAGCCAUGAUUAGUGAAGGAUAUGUAUGGAUCAUCACUGAUGGAUUAUCUAGUUUGUUGGAUCCUAUGGGAGUUAAGGCCUUUGGUUUCAUGCAAGGUGUUUUGGGUAUAAGGCCAUACAUACCGCAAUCUAAGGGCCUUAAAAAUUUUAAAAGGAAAUGGCAAAGUAGGAUUCAUUCUAGUUCUACGAAACUAAACAUUUUCGGGUAUUGGGCAUAUGAUACUAUUUGGGCACUAGCUAAGGCUGUUGAAAUGAUUCCACAAGAGAGCUCUAGUGUUAAUGGAGAAAAUCAUCACAGAAAUACAAGUCAAUUUCCUGUUAUAAAAGUCUCAAAAAGAGGUAAAAUGAUCUUAAAUGGGUUAUUAAAAACCAAAUUUAAAGGCCUCAGUGGAGAUUUUAGUUUGGUUGGAGGACAAUUGCAGUCUUCAACUUUUGAAAUCAUCAACGUGAUAGAUAACGAGGAAAAAGUUAUUGGGUAUUGGACCCUUGAGAAUGGGUUGACUAGGAAACCAGACAAAGCUAAAAAUGGAAAAUCAAUGUCCAAAUAUGAACUUAAACCACCUAUAUGGCCAGGAAACACGAAAGACAAACCCAGAGGUUGGACAACACCAAUUGGUGGUAAGAAGUUAAAUAUUGCAGUCCCUCACAAACCUGGCUUUGAAGCAUAUUUGAAAGUGGCACAGGAUCCUUACACCAAGGAGUUCAUUAUAACAGGGUUCUCUCAUGAUGUCUUCGAGGAGGCAUUAGCGCUAUUAUCUUUUCCAGUUCCUCGCAAGCUUAUUCCUUUCCCCAUUGGUCCCAAUGGAGGAACAUAUGAUGAGCUUCUUUCCAAUGUCAAAAAUCAGACAUAUGAUGCUGCAGUGGGAGAUAUAACAAUUCUUGCAAAUCGGUCUCAGUAUGUUGAUUUUACAUUGCCUUACUUGCAAUCAGAUGUGUCAAUGGUUGUGAAAAUCAAAGAUGAUGAGAGAAAUAAUAUGUGGAUAUUCUUAAAGCCACUGAGUUGGGAUCUUUGGUUAACGACUGGAGUAGCCUUCGUUUGUACAGGAUUAGUAGUAUGGAUUUUGGAACAUCGUAUCAACAACGAGUUUAGAGGUUCCGCACAUCAGCAAGUAGGAACAGUUUUUUGGUUUUCCUUUUCAAUUCUAGUGUUUGCUCAUAGGGAGAAGAUAAUAAACAACUUGUCAAAAUUUGUGCUGAUUAUAUGGAUAUUUGUAGUACUCAUCCUCACCCAAAGUUACACUGCAAGUUUGGCCUCGAUGCUAACAGUGCAACGUUUGGAACCGACAAUCAUAGACAUCGAUGAGCUAAAAAUGAAUGGUGAUUUUGUAGGAUAUGAAACUGGUUCCUUUGUGAAAGACCUUUUGGUGAAACAAUUGGACUUCGAUGAGUCUAAGUUGAGGGACUAUGGUACUGCUGAGGAGUUUGACAAAGCAUUAUCAAAGGGAAGCCAAAAUGGUGGUGUUGGUGCAAUUUUUGGAGCACGACAUUGCGUGAAUCUUUUUCUUGCCAAGUAUUGCGACAAAUAUAUGAUAGUAGGACCAACGUACAAUACUGAUGGACUUGGUUUCGCCUUUCCAAGAGGGUCACCUCUAGUCCCCGUUAUUUCCCGGGCAAUCUUGAGUGUGAUUGAAAAUAAGUCAAAAAUGGAUGCCAUGGAACACAAAUAUUUUUUGCACCUAAAAGCUUGUCAAAAAACGAUUUCAUCCAGUAGUCUCGGCUUGUAUAGCUUCGGGGGUCUCUUCAUCAUCACGGCAGUUGCUUCAGUGUCUUCUCUCAUCAUUUACUUCACUAAAUUUUUGCAAUCUCAUUGGACUACAAUCCACACCGUGCAUCAUGACAGUUCAUUUUGGUCUAAAAUUAGUGAACUGGUAAAGCAUUUUUAUGACCAAUCUCUUUACCCUCUGCCGGCAACCAAUAGUACUUUACAAAGUGUUGAAGCUUUGCAUGAUGUCGAAAAUGAAGUUGUUGAUACUGUUGUUAUUGUUGGCAAUGUUAGUAGCUCUACUUUAUGA